AUGCAGGGAAGAGAAGUUGCAACAAGGCGCCAGAAUGGCAGCGAGGAAGAUGCAGGCAGCAGGGGCAGCAUUGGGAAGCGGCUGGAUCAUCAGACUGCCCUUGCGUUCUGCAUGAGCUUCGUGAAGGUGACGAGAUGUGAUGUCGUGCUGUCUCACAACCCCUUCAACCCCUUGCAUGAAACUAACAACCAGACCAGUCCUGCUCCAUCCCUCCCUUCCCAACCGUCCACCACUGCUGUGCUUGCAGAUUCGGCCGAUCAGGUGGCAGCACGUGGCAACAGAGGCAUCAAGGGGCGUCACCCCAACCAGACCAGACCAGUCCUGCUCCAUCCCUCCCUUCCCAACCGUCCACCACUGCUGUGCUUGCAGAUUCGGCCGAUCAGGUGGCAGCACGUGGCAACAGAGGCAUUAAGGGGCGUCACCCGCCUGGUGCCGGUCUUCCCUCUUCGCCUCUACGACUCCCUCCUCUUCUCCCUCCGCUCCCUCCCUCCCUUCCAUGCCUCACAACCCCUUCCUCCAAACCGACAACCAGAGCAGUGUGAGAGAGUGAGUGUGGGGGUGCGGAUACAGGGCGUGCCUGUGAGUACGCUAGUAGGUUCGGGGCAAGGUGGUUCGACAAGGAGUGCGUUGGAUCAGGAGAUGGAGCAACGGCUGCCAAUUCAGCUCCGGCGAGCACUGCUGCCGUUCCAGAGGGAGGGGGUGGCGUUUGCAGUGGGGAGAGGGGGGCGAUGCCUGAUUGCAGACGAGAUGGGUGUGGGGAAGACCAUCCAGGCCAUAGCAGCAGUGGCGUGGUACAUGGCAGAGGGCCCUCUCCUCGUUGUGUGUCCGGCGUGCCUCACACUACAGUACUUCCCUUGCUCCUAUCCUCCUGUUGCCCCCUCUCGUCAGGCCAUAGCAGCAGCAGCGUGGUACAUGGCAGAGGGCCCUCUCCUCGUUGUGUGUCCGGCGUGCCUCACACUACAGUACUUCCCUUGCUCCUAUCCUCCUGUUGCCCCCUCUCGUCAGGCCAUAGCAGCAGCGGCGUGGUACAUGGCAGAGGGCCCUCUCCUCGUUGUGUGUCCGGCGUGCCUCACACUACAGUACUUCCCUUGCUCCUAUCCUCCUGUUGCCCCCUCUCGUCAGGCCAUAGCAGCAGCGGCGUGGUACAUGGCAGAGGGCCCUCUCCUCGUUGUGUGUCCGGCGUGCCUCACACUACAGUACUUCCCUUGCUCCUAUCCUCCUGUUGCCCCCUCUCGUCAGGCCAUAGCAGCAGUGGCGUGGUACAUGGCAGAGGGCCCUCUCCUCGUUGUGUGUCCGGCGUGCCUCACACUACAGUACUUCCCUUGCUCCUAUCCUCCUGUUGCCCCCUCUCGUCAGGCCAUAGCAGCAGCGGCGUGGUACAUGGCAGAGGGCCCUCUCCUCGUUGUGUGUCCGGCGUGCCUCACACUUCAGUACUUCCCUUGCUCCUAUCCUCCUGUUGCCCCCUCUCGUCAGGCCAUAGCAGCAGUGGCGUGGUACAUGGCAGAGGGCCCUCUCCUCGUUGCCAUAGCAGUAGCGGCGUGGUACAUGGCAGAGGGCCCUCUCCUCAUCGUGUGCCCGGCAUGCCUCAGGCUGCAGUGGGCCGAGCAGCUGGAAAGGUGGCUUCCCUUCCUGCGCCCAUCUCAAAUCCACAUUGUGCUUGGCCAGAGGGACGAUCUAGUAGAGGAGGACGAGGGGAAGACGGCGCUCGAAAUGGACACUGAUGUGUUUGGCCAGAGGGACGAUUUAGUAGAGGAGGACGAGGGGGAGAGGGCGCUUGGAACGGGCACCCAUGGUCAUUCCAACAGUCACACGGACAACGCAAAGAGCACAGCCCCAGCAGUGGUGAUCACGUCCUUUACGAUGGCAGACAGGCUGAGGCGAACGCUGAUGGGGAGGCGAGGUGGGUGGGGCAUGGUGGUGGUGGGUGGACGAGCCCAGAGCCCUCCUAUCCCUGCUCAUCCCUUCAACCCAUCUCAACCCCUCCGCUCCUCCCCUCCCCCCUCUGUGGCAGUCCCAGCAGUGGUGAUCACGUCCUUCACCAUGGCAGGGCAGCUGAUAAGCCCCAGCAGUGGUGAUCACGUCCUUCACCAUGGCAGGCAGGUUGAGACGAACGCUGAUGAGGAGGCGAGGGGGGUGGGGCAUGGUGGUGGUGGACGAGGCUCACGUGCUGCGCACUGCCAGGAAACCAUACGACUGCCUGGAGGUGAGAAUGAAGCACUUGGGGGGGGUGGAUGGGGGAAGAAUGUGGGCAUAUGCUGCAGAGGGGACACUCGAGUGGUGGUGGAUGUGAUUCGGCGCACCAAGCGAGCCAUCCUGCUCACCGGCACUCCCUCGCUUUCCAGGCACGUUGCCGCACUCACCGCGCCCUUUGACAUCUUCAACCUGGUCGACAGCCUCUGGAUACUUCUCUCUCUCCCUGCGAGCUGGGCCGUUCUCCUUGCCCUUUCUUCCAUCUCUCUAUCUGCAAACAUGUCUGGCCUGUCUGCUUGUCAUUGUCCUGCCUUCUCCCCCCUGACUUCUCUCCAACCGUCUCCCCUUACGCUCGCUGGUUCACCUAGGCCUGGCCUGCUGGGCACGUCCAAGUACGAGUUUGCUCGCAACUACUGCGACAGGGGGAGGGACAGCAGAGACUUCUCGAGGGGGAUUCGAUUGCACGAGCUGCACAUCCUGCUGUCGCACACCGUCAUGGUGAGAGACGGGGGUGCUCGUGCUGUCACACAUGGUCAUGGACAGCAGGGAAUUCUCAAGGGGGAUUCGACUGCGUGUGCUGCACGUCCUGCUGUCCCGCACCGUCAUGGUGAGGAGGCGUUUUCCCAGAUGAUGCAAGCGAUCAUGUACUAUGUAUGUGUGUGUGGAUGGACGUUUCUCUCUGCCCUGCUGCAGAUCCGUCGGCUCAAGUCUGAGGUGGCACUGCAGCUGCCACCUAAGCGCCGCCAGGUCAUCAGGCUGCGCCUUGAACCAUCUGACGUGGCACUUGCGGUUCAGAGAGUUGCUGAGCUGGCAGGGGGUAGUGCUGUGGUGUAUAGAGACAAAGAAUCCAAGGAUGUAGAUACAGAAGAGGGGGAGGAUGGGGGAGAGGACAAUGAGGACGGGGGGGAGGAAGGGGGAGAAGAGGAGGCAGGAGAGGAAGGAGAGGGUGAGGAGGAUGAUAGGGAAGAGGGUGAAGGGGAAGAGGGUGUGGAACAGGGAAAUUUGAAGGACCCGGAAGUGGAAAAGAGCAGUGAAAGAAACAGUGAGCGGAGCUGUAAUUCUGACCCUUGUAAAACGGCGGAUAUCGUACAAGGCAAUAAGAAGGCACUUGUGGGUGAUGCAAAGGCGGCCGAGGGCGGUAGGGGGAGGAGGAUGAGGGCUUUAAGGGCUGAAGGGGGUAAUUCAAAUGCUGGUGGGGGGGAUGUGGGGGGUGGAAGAGGUGGGGAAAGGGACGGAAAGGGGAGUGUGAGGGGUGGAAGCAUAAGAGGUGGAAGAGGGGGAGUAAGGGGUGGUAGGGGGAGGAGGAAGCAGGGAGCAGAGGAGAGGGAGGGGCGGAGAGGAGGGAAGUUUGGGGUUGGGGGGUUGAGCCCUGAAGAACUUGGACUGGCCAAGAUGAGAGGGGUGGAAGAGUGGUUGAGUCACUGCUCGGUUCUGAGGGGCUGGGAGGGGUGUGAGGAGGGCGGAGAGGAAGAGGGAGGCGAGGGAGGGGUGGGAGGCGAGGGAAGGGGAGGAGAAGGGGUUGGAGGCGGUGGGGAUGUGGAGGGGGAGGGACCAAGCGAGAGGAAAGAGAGGAGUGAGAAGAAGCACAGGGGAAGGAAUGGGCGGAUGGUAGAGAAGAUGGUGAUUUUCGCCCACCAUCACGUGGUGAUGGACGCCCUACAGGCUGCUGUCUACCGCAUUGCUGCUGCCAGCAUUCUGAGGAGAGGCGAUGAUGAGGAGAAGGGGGGUGGGAUGGAUGAGGAGAGAGGGGCGGGUGAAGAGCCUGCCAAAGCUGCUAUGCGGUUUGAGUUGGUUCGGGUGGACGGCACCACGCCUCCUCUGGAGCGGGCCGAGGCUGUCAAGAGGUUCGCCACCGAGCCUCAGGUCCGGGUGGUGAUAGUGGGCGUGACGGCGGGCGGCGUGGGCUUGGACUUUAGUGCGGCGCAGACGAUUGUGUUUGCGGAGAUCCCGAGGGCGGCAGCAGAUCUGCUGCAGGCAGAGGACAGGGCGCACAGGAGGGGGCAGAGGUUCCCUGUGAACGUGGUUGUGUUCUGUGCCAAGCCCUACUUCAUAGAUGAGGAUUCCUCCUCCCUCAAGGUGAGAGGCAAGGCAGCGGAUGUGCUGCAGGCAGAGGAUAGGGUGCACAGGAAGGGGCAGAGAUUCCAUGUGAUGAACGUGGCGGAGUUCUGUGCUAAGUGGAUUCGUUUCAAGCAGAGGACAGGGCGCCCAGGAGGGGCCAGAGCAGAUCUGCUGCAGGCAGAGGAUAGGGCGCACAGGCGAGGCCAGAGGUUCCCUGUCAACGUGGUGGUGUUCUGUGCCAAGGAUUCCCUCAAAAGUGAUGAUGAGGCGGCAUGGAGAGGCUGUGUCGCGGACUCUCGGGACGAGACGGCGUGGCAGAGGCUGUGUCGCAGUUCAGAGCGCGUGUUGGCUGCUGUGGAUGGGGGGAAGCAGCAAGAGGGAGUGCUGGAAGGGAAGUUAUGUCACUCUAUCUGCCUCCUCACUCCUCUCUUCUCGCUCCUCUUCUUACCUUUCUCGUGCAUUCCUUCUGUUCAGGACUCUCGGGAUGAGACGGCGUGGCAGAGGCUGUGCCGCAGUGCAGAGCGUGUGUCGGCUGCUGUGGAUGGGGGGAAGCAGCAAGAGGGAGGGCUGGUAGUGGAUAGUGUUGUGGACGGGUCUGCUGUUAAACGAGGCAGGACGGAGGGGGGGGUGGAGGGAGUGGGGAGGCAGGAAAGAAGGCUUCUAAUGGAUAGCUUUGCUGAUGGUACUGCUGUGGACGGGGGGAAGAAGCAAGAGGGAGGGUUGACAAUGGAUAGUGUUGUUUAUGGUCCUGCUGUGAAGCGAAGAAGGACAGAGGGAGGGGUGGAGAGAGUGGGGAGGCAGGAAAGAAGGCUUCUAAUGGAUAGCUUUGCUGAUGGUACUGCUGUGGACGGGGGGAAGAAGCAAGAGGGAGGGUUGACAGUGGAUAGUGUUGUUUAUGGUUCUGCUGUGAAGCGAAGAAGGACAGAGGGAGGGGUGGAGAAAGUGGGGAGGCAGGAAAGAAGGCUUCUAAUGGAUAGCUUUGCUGACCAGUCUGCUGAGGAUGGGGAGAAGCAGCAAGAGGGAGGGUUGACAGUGGAUAGUGUUGCUGAUGGUUCUGCUGUGAAGCGAAGAAGGACAGAGAAGGGGACGGGAAGCGAUGAACUGGGAGAGGGGGGCAAGAUUGAGGGUAGAGAAGCAGAGAAGGGCGCCGGUGGAAUGGAGAGCAAGGAAGAAAAGGCCACGUUAAACAGGCCCCAACUGCCAGGCGCCUCAUUGAGCAGACCGCAAGCGGAAGACAUGUACGCACAUGAAUGUGACACCAAUAGUCCUUGUCGCUGCAGGCCAGUGGGGGAGAGCAGUGCUCCUAGUAGGGAUGUGGGAGGGAAGUGUGCAGCAAUUCGCUGUUGUGCAGAUGAUAAGGGAAAAAUGGGCAGGGUGGAGGAAGAAGAGGAGGAGGAGGAGGAGGCAGAUGGAAAGCGAUGGACGCAGAUCAAACCGGAGGACCUGCGAUUCGAGGUGAGCAAUCACACGGGCAGGAUCCAUCUGUUCUGCAGCCAUCCUGACCGUCCAUUCGCCCCAGUUCCACUCGAGCAAAACUUCCAUCCAGAAGAUCUGGACCUCGUUAUAAGCAACCCCCUUUGUGUCAUAGAAAGCAAGAAGGAAGGUUCCUCUGCAGCUUCCCCCCAGCUCGUGGACUCAGAGGAUCGCAUGCCGCCAAUCCUGCGGCGACACGUGGCGCUUCGAGAGGCCGCCAGGUCAUUCGUCAGCGAGUGGGGGGCGCUGAAGCCGCAGCACCGGAGGAAGCUGCUUGGAAGGAUCCUGGCGCUUCCUGUGGCGGAGGAGCUGGAGCGAGUGCUGUUCCCCCUCCCCUUCAGUGACGUCAUGGGCAUGGCAGGCCGUGUGGCAGCAAGAGGAGGUGGGCAACGAGAGGGGAUAUACUCGCUGCCGCUAAGGAGUAACCUCCAGCUCAUUUUCCUCCUGUGUGUGGUGCUGGCAGGGCAUGGCAGGGCCGUGUGGCAGCAAGAGGAGGGCAUGGCAGGGCCGUGUGGCAGCAAGAAGAGGUGGGCGACGAGAGGGGAUAUACUCACUGCUGCCAGUGAGGGAAGGGGAGUGGGUGGUGGAAGCACAGGUGGGUCAGGAGGAACAGCCAGAGGGCCAUCAGCGGAUGGAGGAGGAGGAGUGGUGGUGGUGGAGAGGGAGAUGAGGGCGCCUCUGAGAGUGUGCCUCGUGGCAGCAAUCACUGGGCCCCACUCUGCCGCAUGUGUGGUCAGAUCUGCCGGUCUCAUGCAGCAAGGGCACCAACAGUGCCCCGCCAUCUCUUCUGCUCCAAUUCCUGCUUCUCCACCUACCUAUCCAUUCAUCCUCUCCAUUCAUCCUCUCCCUUCAUCCUCUCCAUUCAUCCUCUCCCUUCAUCCUCUCCAUUCAUCCUCUCCCUUCAUCCUCUCCCUUCAUCCUCUCCCUUCAUCCUCUCCCUUCAUCCUCUCCCUUCUCCUCUCUAUCCCUCCCGUUCCCACUCUCCCCCGCUUUCUCUCACCAGUUCCCUCGCAGCAAGAUCGCCAACAGUGCCCUGCCAUCUCUUCUGCUCCCACUCCUGCUUCUCCUCACCUACCUCUCUCACUGUCACUCCGUGUAUCUCUCUGUCCCUUACCAGGACUCAUGCAGCAAGGGCGCCAACAGUGCCCCGCCAUCUCUUCUGCUCCAAUUCCUGAUUCUCCACCUACCUAUCCAUUCAUCCUCUCCAUUCAUCCUCUCCCUUCAUCCUCUCCAUUCAUCCUCUCCCUUCAUCCUCUCCAUUCAUCCUCUCCCUUCAUCCUCUCCCUUCAUCCUCUCCCUUCAUCCUCUCCCUUCAUCCUCUCCCUUCUCCUCUCUAUCCCUCCCGUUCCCACUCUCCCCCGCUUUCUCUCACCAGUUCCCUCGCAGCAAGAUCGCCAACAGUGCCCUGCCAUCUCUUCUGCUCCCACUCCUGCUUCUCCUCACCUACCUCUCUCACUGUCACUCCGUGUAUCUCUCUGUCCCUUACCAGGACUCAUGCAGCAAGGGCGCCAACGGACGCAUGCAGCAAGGGCGCCAACGGUUCCCCGCCAUCUCUUCGGCUGCGAUUCCUGCUUCUCCACCUACCUCUCUCGCACCUCCCUUUCGUUCCUUCGCCAGGUAAGAACCCCACCUCCUUCCUCGCAUGCCUUCUUCCCUCCUUACGUUUCUCCUCUUGACAUCCCUCCUCUCAUCCCUCCUCUCAUCCCUCCUCUCAUCCCUCCUCUCAUCCCUCCACACAUCCCUCCUCACAUCCCUCCUCACAUCCCUCCUCACAUCCCUCCUCACAUCCCUCCUCACAUCCCACCUCAGAAGGUGUUUCAUUCGGGCAUGGCAUGUGCGGUUGCACUGCAGUUGCCCCUGCCUUUCGUCCCACACCUCAGGAGUUGCUUCGUGCUUUGUGCCAUCAGGGUGCUACCCCCUGCUGACCGCUCUGAUCUCUCCCAUCCGUCCUCCCCCCCCUCCCUCUCCCCGUUCUCAUCACCUCAGGAGCUAUUUGCACUCGAGCGAGGCGUGUGUGUGACAUGCAACCUCGACUGCCAUGCUCUUGUCUCGGCCAUCAGGGUGCUACCCCCUACUGACCGCCGCCGAGUGAUCCUGCACUGGGCACCCCACUUCGCCAAGUACCCCAAGCUGCUGCAACGUCUAAUAGACAUACCCACAGAGGGCAAUGCGUGGCAUGCGGAUCAUAAAGUGGCCGUGGUAGAGGGGGGAGGGGAGUGCGGAGUGGAGAAUCUGCGCACUCUCUGUGUGGCGUGCCACCUGUCGCACACUAACUUCCAAAAACGCCAGUGGGCUGAGGAGAGGAGGAGAGCGAGGGCUGCGUUGGUGGCUUUGGAGGCUAAGAAGAGAGGAGAGGGGGGGGGGAAGGAAGGGGGAGAGGGAGGGGAAGGGUGUGAGAAGAAGGGAGGUGGGAAGAGAAGGGGUGAUAAGAAGGCUGGUGGUGGUCUGGGUGUGGGCAAGGGGGGUGUGAAAGGAAGGAAGAGAAUGAGAGAGGCGGAUGAGGGUGAGGGGGAUGGGGAGGGAGGGAAGCAGGUGCAAGCGACAGGAAGGAGGUGCAAGGAAGGAAGGAGCACAGAAGGAGAGCGAGCGACAGGGAUGUCUGAUGGCGAUGGAAUCAAGAGGGAAAGGUGGGAGAGGGCAGAAGAGGGGCAGAUGGAGGUAGAGGAAAGGAGAGACGAGGCAGACGAAGGGAGCGAGGAGGCGAGGGAGGCAGGGAGGGAGGAAGCAGCAUACUGUCACAAACCUAGAAAAGGGUUGACUCUUUUUGACUGCUUUAAGAGAGUGGAAGUGGGUGGUGGCUCGAGAAAGGGUGACAGGCUGAGAGGAGGUGGAGAGUCACGAACAUCAAGAGAGGCAAGAGAUUCACGAGGGCGAGAGGAAACAAGAUUUGGUGAGGGAUUGGGAGGGCGAGACGAAUCAAGGCUGGAGGGGAAGUCGAGCACGCUUGGAGGGAGCAGUGGCGUAGCAAGGAAUAGCAGUGCAGUGGCAGGAGGAGGGAGCAGCAGUGCAGCCAGAGGCAGCAGAGAUGCAGAGGGAGGGAAGGUUGCAGUGGCAGCACCAAAUGCUGCUGUGGUAGGCAUGCGUCCACCUGUGGACGCGCCAACAGGCGUGUCUCCUCAUUCAGGCUCACUGACAGGCACGCUUCCACCUGUGGACGGCCUGAUAAGCGUGGGUGUGGUGAAGGAGGAUGGGGAGAUGGACGGCUUGCGGCGGCUCUUUCGACCGGUUGUGAGAGCUGUGUGCUCGCCUCGCCCCGCGAUUCCAGAGGCGUCGCCUCGCCCCGCGAUUCCAGAGGCGUCGCAUGCAACGGCCCCAAACCAGGAGCGUUCACCUCGCUCCACACACUGCCCAGUCUUGCCACACAAUGUCACAAGGGAUGGGAUGGCAGGUGUGAGAGUAGGCGGCGACUGCGCAUCCACAAAUCCGGGAGAAGGUGGGGGGGGGAGUGGAAGAGUGGUAGGUGGUGGAAAUGGUGAUGGGGGCAAGCGAGGAGUUAUCACGGAGGGUGGGGGUGGCAGGGACGGCAGGGGGGAGAGGAGGCAUGAGGAGCAGGUGGGCGUGUGGGAGGUAGUGGGGAUAGAUGAGGAAGGUGGGGUAGGAGAGCCUUACGUAGAUGUGGUUGAUCUGACAGGGCAGGAGGAUGAUGAGGAGGGAGAGGACGUUGAAGAGGGGGGGGAUGGUGGAGACGAAGGAAGUUUGAAAAGCAAGGGAGGUUUGGAAGGCAAGGGAGGUCUGAGAAGCAGGAAAGGUUCGGGAAGCAAGGGAGGUUUGGGAAGCAAGGGAGGUUUGGGAAGCAAGGGAGGUUUGGGAAGCAAGGGAGGUCUGGGAAGCAGGAAAGGUUUGGAAAGCAAGGGAGGUUGGGGAAGCAAGGAAGAUUUGGAAAGCUUUGGACUGGGUGAGGAGUGGAGGGCAGAGGCCAAGGAGGUGAGGCUUGGGGAGGACGUGGAUGAUGAUGUUGCUGACGUGGCAGAUGGGGAGCACGUGGCAGGUGAUAAGGAGGAGGGGGAUACAGGUUCACAGAAUGAGGCUGGAGGAGGAGGUGGUGCUGGUGCACGCAAGGAGAUGGGAGGAGGAGCAGGAGAAGCUGAGAGUCGGGCUUUAGACUUGGACUAUAGGGUGGGAGGGGGUACACGAGGGGUGUGUGGGGAGCGUGUGGGGGUAAGGCAAGAAGCAGGAAAAGGCGGGGUUUGCUUUGACGCGUAUGCACACAAGUCAGGUGAUAGGGUUUACCUCAAGGGAGGCAUACUCGCUAAAGGCCGCCCCCCUUUUGUGUAUGACGCGUGGACGAAUUCCCUCUCCUCUGCUCCGCCACUGCAAAUCCCGCGGUUCAAGUUCGUUUGCGGGCAGUGGAAGGGGAAAAUUUUCGUCGCGGGCGGGGUUCGGCAGCAGCCAUUGGAGGAGGGCGAGGAGAAGAAGGACCUCCGGGCAGCUGAAGUUUUCAUUCCGGAGGGGCAAGGGCGAAUGAUAGAAGAAGAGGGGGGGAACGUUCGGGAGCCGAUUCCGAAGCUGGGGGUCGUGCUAGACUCGGCGGUCGUUGGUCGCUACAUUUUCAUUCUCAGGUGCAUCGAAUCCGGACAGAUUUCAUUCGUGCGGUAUGACACCCGCGGCAAUGAGUGGAAGGACAUGCACAGCAUGCCAUACGUCCCCCCCGCUGACCCGAUGAUACUUAGCAAAGUGUCGUUUAGGUGCGUUGCCACGCGAACCAGGGUGCUGGUAGUGCAGGUGCGAGGCACGUGUGAAGACAUGGGAGUCGCUUCUUUUGCUGCUGGGAUGCGUGAGGGGAGGAGGGGAGGGGAGGGAGGGAGAGGUGGGGGAGAGGGGGCGAGGGGUGGGGGAAGAAGAGGCGAAAGAGGGGCAGAGGCGGUAGGAGAGGGAGCAGGAGUGACGGCAGGAGGGACGGCAGAGGGGGAGGCUGGAGGGGCAGUGGAGGAAACAACAAGGGAGGUAGAAGCAGAAGGAGCAGAAGAGGUAACAGGCGAUGUGACAGGGGAAGCAACAGGAGGGGCAGCAGAAGGAGCAGGGAGAUUGGCAGCAGAAGGAGCAGGGGGAGAGGCAGGAGAAGGAUCUAUAGGUGGGGCAGCAGAAGAGGCAGGGGGAGAGGAAGCAGGUGAGGAGGCAGGAGAGGUAGCAGAAGGUAACACUGACAAUGAUGAGCCAGCACCUGAGACUGCACCUGAGACUGCACCUGAGACCGCACCUGAGACUGCACCUGAGACCGCACCUGAGACUGCACCUGAGACUGCACCUGAGACCGCACCUGAGACCGCACCUGAGACUGCACCUGAGACUGCACCUGAGACUGCACCUGAGACUGCACCUGAGACCGCACCUGAGACUGAACCUGAGACUGCACCUGAGUCCGCACCUGAGACUGCACCUGAGCCAACACCUGAGCCCGUACCUGAGCCUGAGCCUACAAGGGAGUUGCCGGAUGAAGGUCCGAGGGAAAGGGGAAGAGGAAGAGGAGCAAGAGGAGGAACGGGAGGGAGAGGUGGUGGGAGAGGGGUAGGAGGCAGGGCAGGGAGAGGGAAUGUUGGAGGAAGGAGAGGGGGAGUGGGGGGGAGAGGAGGGAGGGGAGGAGGGAGAGGAGGAAGGGGCCGAGGGGUGGCUGGAGUGGCGAUUGGUGCAGUCAGCAUGGUGGGAUAUAGGUUCGGCGCCCUGGCCCUCAUGUACGAACCUGAGGCCGAGGCUCGGGGAGGUUUGGUUUGGCGGCGGCUGCCGGACAUGCCGUAUGAGACACCUGGUGCAGUCUGUGCUAUGCUUCGGUGUUGA